GCUUCCUUCUCGCCUCCAUCAUCCCUCUACACGUCGCAGCUAUGAGCAGCGCCGCUAGCGCCACAGCCAGCGGCAGUGGCAGUGGCAGCGGCAGUAACGAUGCCGCGCUGCACGCCCACUUCCUCGCCCAGGCGCCCUCGUACCUCUCGCUGCACUCGCACCUCAGCACCUCGCUCUCGCAGCUCGACGUGCUGCACGGCUUCCUCACCUCCUUCUCCGCCGACCUGCUCACCGUCUCGUCGCACAUCGCCGAGCUGCAGACGCGCUUCCAGUCGCUCGAGAUGCGCCUCGGCAAUCGGCGAAGGCUGGAGGGCGCCCUCGACGCCGUCGUGCGCGACGUGGCCCUCGAUCCGGCGGUGGUCGACGGCAUCGUCAACACCGAGCCGGGCAAGCCGUGGGCCGAGUGGCUGCGCGAGCUGGAGCGCGUGCUGCAUGCUACUGCCAUCGGCGACUCGGGCGCCGUGCAGCAGACGCGCGAAGUCGUCGAGAAGCUCAAGCUCGUGGCGGCAGCCAAGCUGCGCUCUUCCAUCCUGGCGCCGCUGCACUCCAUGCGCAAGCAGCUCUCGACCAAUGUGCCGAUGCUUCAGGCGCUGCUGCUCGCCUCGCAACGCGCCUCGUACGGCUUCCUGGCGCGCCACGCGCCACGUGUGGCCAUCGACGUGCAGCGCGAGUACGUGGCCAUGGCGCGCUUGUACUACGAGACAGGCUUCAGGCGGUAUGCACGUAGCUUAGGAGUGGCCAGAGAGAGGGCGAGAAGGAAAGAAGCGCGAUGGGGCAUCGCAGAGCGAGUCGCAGCGGCGACGACGUCGGACAAAGACGCCUGGCUGCUCGAGUUUGCCGGCGAGCGCCUCGACAAUGCGAAGCUGGAGGACGGGCCGCCCGUAGUGCUGGCGUAUCAGGCAGACGACCCCAACUACCGCACCACGCCCGAGGCACUCUUCCGCUCUCUCGCCCUCGUGCUGCUCGACAAUGCUUGCGCAGAGUACACAUUCAUCUGUCGCUUCUUCGACGAUCUUUCGCUAGCUGCACAGCCGGGCGGCACCUCGCACUCCUCGAGCGCGCCGCGGACAAAAGGCGCGGCGGCACGAGGCACACGAGCGCUAGAGGACAUGGCAGAGGAAGGGCCCGAGCCAGAGGAGAGCGCCAGUGUGAUGGCCGAGGAGGAGGGAGAGGAGGAAGUGCAGGGCACGAUUGUGGCACUCAGCGUGCCAGAGCAGCGUGCGCUCGAGAUGCGCUCGGCGGGCGACGAGCUCUGGCGGCAGGUCAUGGAGCCGGUGCUCGGCACAUGGACGACGUUCGUCAAGUCUCUUCUCACACCGGCGCCGCCGCUGCUCUCGCUCCUCACCAUGAUCCGCCUCAAUACCUCUCUCCUCUCGCUCGCGUCCUCUCGCGGCGCAGGGCGCGUGCUACAGCCGACGCUCAUGGCGUUCAAGAUGCAGGCCUAUCCGCUGUUGCAGAAGGCAUUCGGCGCCGAGCUGGACUCGCUCAAGCGUCUAGCUGACGGAGGCGCGCCGGGCGAGGCGGCGGGCUUGGCAGCUGGCCUUGGCGGCUUUGUGCGCGCUGCCACCGGUGGAGGGUGGAGUGGAAAGGAGGCGAGAGAGUUUGCUGGCACGGUCUGCGGCCGCUACGCGCAUCUCUACUCCUCCGUCGUCGUGCUCUCCGACGAAGCAGACGACACGAUGCUGUUCAGCAGUCUCUUGCGCAUGCGCACCGAGCUCGAGCGCUUCCUGACGAGCCUCGCGAGCAAGCAGCGCGCCGCUGAGGGCGCACCUGCAGCGGCGGCGUUCGAGCGCGGAGUGUAUGAGGCUGUGAAGCGAGGGCUCGAGACUGGACCGGCUCCACUCUCGCAUCCACGAGUGCAGAGCGAGAUGUCGCACUUCACCGAGCUGCAGCGCUCGAGCCGAGCGGCGGCAUGAUGCACGCGCAGACUGGUGCCGCGCAGAGACGGAAAGGAGAGCGGGAAGCUAGAGAAGCCGAAUGUCACCCUUAUUAUGGUUCGAUGCCCAUGCCGCCCCAUUUUGUUCCCUCGUUUGGUGUUGAGCUAUGACAUUGCACCCUCCCCCUCUCAUGCCCAUCGCACGUCUCGCACGUCUGCUCAAUCGAACAGCUUGAGGCCCCAGUAGCGCACGCAGCCAUACACGACCGCCAGGCUGCCCAGGCUGGGCGCCAGGUCGAGGCGCACCAUGGUGUACAUCCACAGCGUGCCCAGCGGCGGUGUGCGGCGGAUGACGAGAUGGUACGGCGA